AUGGGGCCAGCUCGAUCAUUACGGCGCACGAAUCCGAUCACAAUUAUCGUGGGAAUAGCGUUAUGUAUAGUCAUACUUGUAUUCCUGCUAUCCCCUUCGGGUGCGGAUGCAGCAGCUUCAGAGUUACGGAAAGCCAACGCGGCAUCGAAUCCUUUAUCCCCCCCUACUUCGCCAUUCCGAAAGGAGAACGAGAAGUCCAGUAAUGGCAAACGGAUACCUCCUCCAGUGGUACACUACUACAUGAACAAUGUCACUACCACGAACAGUCCAGAGGCAAAUCGAGAGACCGUCCUAAUCUUGACGCCCCUCGCACGAUUCUACCAAGAAUACUGGGACAAUUUACUUUCGCUGACAUAUCCUCACGAAUUGAUCACACUUGCAUUCAUAAUACCCAAGAAUCGAGAUGGAAAUGCUGCGACAGCAGCGCUUCAGGAGCAAAUCUCCAAGACGCAGAAGACGGGACCAGAGAAGAAGCGAUUCGCAAGCAUCAUCAUCGAGAGACAGGACUUUGAGCCCCCGUUGGCUUCUCAGAGCGAAGCAGAAAGGCACAAGAUGGAGAACCAAAAAGCACGAAGGGCUGCUAUGUCGAAAGCCAGGAACUCUCUUCUCUUCACAACUCUCGGGCCUUCUACAUCGUGGGUUCUUUGGCUAGAUUCUGACAUCAUUGAAACACCACAUUCGCUAAUUCAAGACUUGGCUUCACACGACAAACCGAUCAUUGUCCCCAAUUGCUUCCAGAGAUACCAAGACCCGAAAACAAAGCAAGAUAAGGAAAGGCCGUACGAUUUCAACAGUUGGCAAGAUAGCGAAACCGCUCGUAAGCUUGGGGAAGGCAUGGGCAAUGAUGAUAUUCUGCUUGAAGGAUAUGCAGACAUGGCUACAUACAGGACAUUGAUGGCAUAUUUGGUCGAAGACAAUGGAGAUACGACACAGGAAAUCCCGCUUGAUGGUGUUGGAGGGACGGCGCUAUUGGUAAAGGCAGAGGUUCAUCGGGAUGGUGCUAUGUUCCCUCCAUUUCCUUUCUACCACCUAAUUGAGACGGAGGGCUUUGCAAAGAUGGCCAAGAGACUGGGAUGGAGUGCAACUGGAUUACCAAAUUAUAAGGUGUAUCAUUACAACGAGUGA